GGAUAUGCGCUGGAAUAAGGGAACUAUUCUAAAAGCGUCAGUGGACUACAUCCGUAAGCUGCAAAGAGAACAGCAACGCACAAAGGAGCUUGAGAACAGACAGAAGAAGUUGGAACAUGCCAACAGGCACCUGCUGCUCAGAAUACAGGAACUUGAGAUGCAAGCUCGGGCACACGGACUGUCCCUUGUUCCAUCUACAGGCCUUUGUUCCCCUGAUAUGGUCAACAGGGUCAUCAAACAAGAGCCUGUGCUGGACAACUGCAACCAAGACAUCAUGCCGCACCACACAGACCUGUCUUGCACUACCACCCUCGAUCUCACUGACGGUACCAUCACCUUCAGUGACAACCUUGGAAACGUGACUGAACCAGCUGGCACUUACAGUGUUCCUGCAAAAAUGGGAUCUAAACUGGAAGAUAUCUUGAUGGACGAUACCCUCUCCCCUGUCGGAGUAACUGACCCGCUACUUUCCUCUGUGUCUCCUGGAGCAUCGAAGACGAGUAGCAGGCGGAGCAGUGUGAGCAUGGAGGACACCGAUCAUGCUUGUUAGCAUAUACUUGGCACACCUUUCAUAAACUGCGUUGUUUCUUGAUCAGUAGAUUAAAUAAUUUACCUUUUGUAGAAUUUUUUGAUUUUUUUUUUCCUUGUGCUUCAUCAGUAGCCCAGUGUGUGUGCGUGUGUGUAUAUAUUAUAUAUAUAGGAAUUUUUUUUUAGAAUUUUUGUGAAGAAACUUGUAUAUUCUAUUUUAAAACUACCAACACCUCCAAAAUAUUGUACAGCAUAUGUACAGUAUCUGUGAACUGGAUUCGCCAAGAACUUUCAACUGGUCAAAUCUACUCAAAGCAAUAGAAUUACAAAUGAAGAGUCUGUUUCUACUGGGGGGGUGGGGGGAAUCGUAGAAUUGUACGUGCAACCUAUUUACUUGGAAACAAAAUGUAAAGUUAAAGAAUGUAAAGAAGCCAAAAAACAAGUCCCAUUUGUAAUUGUAUUAAUUGAAUAGUGCUGCCUUAAAGAUACAGUGUCCCUCAAGUGUCGGUCUUUACAUGACAAGUGUUUAGGGAAGAGUACCCACCCUACUCCACUCAGAAUACAAACAACAACAAGAAGUGUUAAGACAUCCUGAUUCUGUUGAUUGUGAUAUAAAACGCUAUUGCUGAAAAUUGCAGGGAGAUGCGAGUCUCUUUCUCAGAGUGCCAUUUAAUUUCACUCUGAGCUGAUGUGGGUUUUCCUUUUGAUCAUGGUUCGAGUUUUUCUCUUAGAUUUUUAUUUUGUUUUGUACCACUCACUGAUGACUUGCCAACCGUAAACAAGCAGGAGCACUGUAAGUUGGUAGAUGCUCUUUGGACAAAAGAAAUUGAUGUGUUUUAUCAGCUGGGCACAUAAUGUUGUACAUAUCUAAUUGGCUUUAUUUUUUUUUUUAAAUUGCAUUGUACAGUUUAUUUUGAUUUGCAUGGAUUCCUUAGUUAUCCUCAACUUUUUGUUUUAAAUAUAUUUGUAUUUCAUUUGUAAGAUUUUUGCCUCUUAAUAUAUCGCAACAAUUUUUUGACAUUUUUAAAACUCAUUGGAAGUUUUCUGCAUUCUUUAUAAACACUUGAAAGGAAGCUUUUAUGCAGGGUUCUGUGUUUUAAGAGAGAUUUUGAGAAUAUUUUGUAUAUUACAGUCUCACUUUGAAAAUGUUUUUAAACACAUUUAAGGUAGAGUACAAAUUUAGAUUAGGUAAUAAAACAACUCUGUAGAGAAACUGAACUUACAUAUUUAUUUUUAGUGAUACAGAAAAAAGUAGUAAUAUGCUUGGAAACAUACCUAUGUAGUUAAUAUACCCGUUAUAGUAAUUUGUGUUUUAUUUCAGCACUGGGGCUGACAUAAGAAAAAAACAAACAAACAAAAAAAAGAGUAAAUUACUGUAUCUGCAAAUAACUGUUACUUGAUACCAACGUUAUUAAUUUUUAACAUGCAACAAUGUUGUAAAAGUAGUUCGGUGCAUUAUCUACUCAAGUGUAGUCCUAUGCAAUAACGGUAGUUACACUCGUAUUGUAUCAAGCCUAGGUGUUCUACAGAGGUGACACGCGGUGUUACGGGCUAGACGGAUUGAAUGGAUUUCUCAGUAGCAGCCUACAGCUGACCCGCGAGCGGCAGGCAAACGUAUCUCGUUCAGAAUGAAGUGCCUUAAACUCUAGUUGUAGUCUUCCUCGGCUAGCACUGACUGAAGUGUGGUGUAGGAGAGAGCUUUAGGGUGGUGGCUUGUAGGAUGUUGGAGUGUAGCAUGGUGCCUACGUAUAGAAACAAGAGCUUCCCGUUCUCCUUUGUGCUACACUGGAAAU